AUGUCGGAACAGCGCGACAUCACUUCCGUGUAUGGCCGCCGCGAUAGUGAUCCUGACCCACAACGGAACGCACCCUCGGAGACAGCAAGGCGGACAGAUGGUGGAGUUGAGUACGACCUUCCAACCGAACGCGAACUACAGCUGGUCAGCGUACGAGUAGAGACAGAGCCCAAUAUCUUCAAGCCCAUUGGUCCGGUGAAGGGUCUGAAGGUACCCAUAGCCAACUGCCUGCCGCCAUCUGGACCGUACUACGACGAGUAUACCCUCGGAAGCCAUUUCGGCGAAGCCGUGUUCGACGUGCACGCCAACGGCGAGAUACGCGUGUGCAUUGUUUGUUGGGGGGCCAAACAUGAAGAUACCCACAAGAAGUGUAGGAAGAAGUGUCGAGUUUGCAAGAAGAAUGACCAUCCCGGGCGGACUUGUGGUCAGAUUUACGCGACGGUGGCGUGGUGGAGGGCUCGGGGCUACAAUGUGGUCAAGACAAUGCGCGUGCGUCCCAGCAUCAGGGAGCUGGUAUACCUUGUCGCCGCCGGAGUCGUUCACAGCUUCAAAAAGCUCACAGACCCUGUUGUCCUGAAGGACAAUCAUCCACUCGUGCGAGAGCUUUACCGAACGACAUCGAUGCCGCAAUAUUCGCCGGGCAGAAUCGUCUGGCCCAAGCCGAAAAGGCUUCAGGAGCAGUCAAGGUCAGGCGUUCCCAAGCAGCAUGCCGGUCCGGCUACGGAGGGUAUUGAACCUUCAAAUCCGGUCUCCACCCACAGCGUAGACCCCGCUCGUGACCCCCGCCUGAUGGCUCGACGCGUCGUUUUGGAAGACAACGAAGAGCCGGAAGGUGAAAUCGCUUCCAUCACCGAUCAACCAGUUACACAUGAGUCUGGCGAUGGCGUCGGAGAAGCUAGCACCUCUGUUGAGGAGUUCGCGCAUCAGUCUGAGCUCAUUCGCUCCCUACAAGCCGAAAACAAGCGCCUAGCCGAAGCGCUCGAACAAGCUCGCACUGAGCUGAAUGCGAAAGAUGCUGAGCUGAUUGCGAAAGAUGCUCGGAUUGCGGAAUUGAUUGGUGGCGGCGGUUCUACGGGCGCGAAGCGGCCCAGGACAUGA